CACGACAGAAACGUUGACACAAUUGAAACCGAAACCGAAUCAAUCGCCUGACGAAACAAACGAUAUUAGGUCAAUCAAAAGACAGAUCAAUCCACAGCAUCGAUGGAUCGAAAAAGCAUGACUACUUUAUCGACGAAAACACCAUCAUCUCACCCUACCCCAAAAGCGACCAUAGGCGAAAAUGAAAAGACARCCGAUGRUCUCCCUACACGUGAAUUUUGGAGCUCGAGGUUGGCAUUCUAUUUUGCAACGGCGGGUGCCGCUAUCGGCUUCGGCAAURUUUGGAGAUUUCCAGGGCUCUCCGUGGAAUAUGGUGGGGGUGCCUUCUUCAUCCCGUAUAUGUUGGCUCUUUUUCUCAUCGGAAUUCCUCUCACUAUAUUGGAGAUCGGCUUCGGGCAAUUUUUCCAGACAGGCGACAUCGGAGUYUUUGGUGAGUUGAAUUCGUUGAGAUUCAAUAUGAAGGGAUGAACGAAUACAACUGCCAUGUUAUCCAAACAAUGAAAGCGUAGCUUUGCAUACAUCGGCGAUGAAGUUAUUUCGCUUCAAUUUCAUUUUUUAUGACCCUUGCUUAUUGUUCUUUUGUUUCUUCUAUCUUCCUUUGACUUUCAAUACGAUUUUUCAAAAACAGGCGGAUUCCAUCCAAGACUUCGGGGAGURGGGGUAUGCAGUAUAGCUUGCGCAUUCAUGGUGAGCUCAUACUAUGUUGUUUUGAUUGGAUGGGUGGUCAACGCCUUCGUUUCGUCGUGGGACGAAGAAGCCCCGUGGAACAAACCGGGAUUGACAGGGCAAGAAGCCGUGAAUUAUUUCUAUAGUGAAAUCAUCGGAAUGGAUACCGUGAUCGGUCCCGACCUAGCUCCGACGCGUAUUGUUGCGGAAAAUGUUGGCUAUACAGCCUUUGUGUGGACCSUUGUGUUCAUCGUGCUAUCAUUUGGCUUGCAAACAACCGGGCGAAUCACUUAUGUUACGAUGGGAUUGCCAUUUGUGCUCCUGUUUGUCUUUCUUGGGAGAGCAGCAACUCUUCCUGGUGCCGAGGAUGGUGUCCAAGCGUAAGUCRGAGCACCACUUCGUCGAUCAUGAUGACAGAGUGCAACAUCUUCUGUAAAACGAAGCGGAUUCCGAAUUUGAAASAAAUAAAAACUAAUUAUUCUUGUGUUYUGAUCUCAGGUACAUCGGAGUGUGGGAUGUUUCAGUGCUUGGAACAGAUACUGAAGUGUGGUCUGUGGCAUGCUCGCAGGUUUUCUUCUCCAUCAGCUUAACAUUUGGGCUCUUGACAUCCUUCGGAUCUCACUGCAAACAGGACGAGCCGGUACUCCUAAAUUCCUGCGUUAUUGUCACAUUAAACUCUGCGUACAGUGUAAUUUCUGGUUUCGCUGUAUUUUGUGCGCUAGGGCACUUGUCUACAUUGUCAGGAGUACCUGUUACCGAGCUUCCAUUUGGAGGGUUUGGUCUGGUCUUCGGGACGUGGCCUGUGGUCUUGGGAACCCUACCCGGGGGAAUCCACUGGGUGCGGCUUUUGUUCUUCAAUUUAUUCCUUCUCGGAAUCGACUCUGCAUUUGCUUUCGUCGAAUGUAAGUCUUUCAACAMAAAAUACCAGGGGUCGCAAGGAUCAAAAUGCGUAAGGAYACGUUUUUCAAUCAUCCAGAUCACUAAUUUUCCUUUUCAACAUCACCUUCAUUUUUCAUAGCCUUGGUCACUGUGCUUMAAGACACGGAAUUCUUUAAAGAUACCCCGAGAAAGACGUAAGUUAAUGAUCGACUGUGUACCUCAAAUGCUGACCGCAUGGCCGCAUGGUUUUGCUUUACAAGAGCUAGGAAGCACUGAUGUGACAUGCCAGAUUGCCUCACAUUUCCCCUUGUAUUUUCAGGUUGCUUGCACUAUGUAUAUUGCCGAACUUUUUACUGAGUCUUCUCUACUGUACAGACUCGGGGUUUUACUUCUUAGAUGUGAUUGACUUUUACAUUAAUUUUGUCAUGCUGCUGGUUGGAUUCUUAGAAGCCUUUGGUGCCGCUUGGGCUUGCGGCAUCCUUGACCUKUAUAAAAGUAUAGGGGUAAAAGCAACAAUUUCAUACAUGGUGGCGAAUUUCUUCCCGAUCUUAAUCGCGUGUGGGUUCUGGUUCAGUGAUUACGAAGCAUGGGUUGGAUUUGUGGUAAUGCUCGGGGGUUUCKUCAUCGGAUUUUUGGKGACGCACUGGUAUCUCAUGGARCGAAUGGMACAACAACCCGACGAAUGGACUGUGCGCUCGAUUUGGUUUGAGUGUGCAUAUGGAAACAUAAGUCGCCUCCGAGAGCAAAUUCAACCAGUCAUAGGCCACAUCCCAUUUGUCUGGGUAAUCCUGAUGAAGAAUUUCGUUCCACAAGUAUUGGUUGUGCUGUUCAUUAAUCUUUGUGCCUCGUCAAAUGGUGCAGGAUCCUAUGGUGGGUACGCAAUCCGGCCAUACCAACUACUAGGACUUUUGUGCUUCAUCUUUGCAAUUUUCCUAUUCCUUGUUGGUCUUCUGGUUCCAGAAGUGUACGAACCUUUGGCACUGCCUCAAACAAAAAUUGUUUUGUCCGGAGUAACUCCUACCCUYCUGUUGGACCAAUCCAAACGCGGUGAAUCUUUGGGGAAUAGAUCACUGACCUCUACCAGUAGUAGAGACAAAAUGGGGGAUCAAAAAAUUUGAUUGGAAUUGAAAUUUAUAAUUUUGAUAGACAUAAUGAAAUGCUAGAUGUAACAAUAAAUUUGAUUCUGGGUU